CUUUGACCAACCCAGUAGUUAAUUUAAUAUUCGUUUUUCAAACCUGAGUUCAUCCAUCACAUUCAUAUUUUUCUCAUCCCUUUCUUAUAUCCUUCAAUGGUAAAGCAAAUUGCAAGAACUUGAAAUGCUAAGUAAAAUCUUCACUUUUCUGCUCAACCAUCUCAUAGAACACUCCUAAAGUCGUAUUUUGUAAGUAAAAAUCCAACCAUUUGUGAAAAAUACAAUGUUUGUAUAACUCAUAUUUGAUCCGUUGGAAUUCUAUGGUUAAAAGUUAUAUUUUGGAGAGAUUAUUUUUGAAAAUUUUUUUUAUGAAAAUGAAGCUCAAGCAACGAGUAAUCAUUUCUGAAAGCCGCUAACGUGUAGACUUCUUCAUUUCUGAGAUAUGAGUACUUUUGUAUAACAAGUAUGUCGGUUACAAAAAACCUCUGAGUUUUUCCUAUUUUGCUCUUAUUUAAGUGGCCUAAAAAAUUAGUAGACAUAGCCAUAGCUAGAAAUGUAGAGGAGACGACGAGGAAUAGUAGAGUAAACUAACCUGUCUCACGACGGUCUAAGCCUAGCUAAAGUUCCCUACUGGUGGAUGAACAAUCCAACACUUUGCGAAGACAAAUAGCCACUAUUGACAGAUCCAAAUUUCGCUCAAUUCUCGCAUGAAAUUGGAUUAGCAGCUUGUGGAACAUCAGAAGAAGAUAUUAACAGACUCGCAACAGUAAAAUUUCCACAUUUUUUCAUUUUGUACCGUUGUUAAAUGUAAUGAUAUUAUUGUAACGUUAUUUCUUUACAAUUGAAUUUGGAUUAUGUCGUCAAAUUGGGAAACUACGUGCUUAUGAUGCAGAUUUAUUAUUCUCAUGCUCUGAAUUGCAGGUAUUCACAAAUUAUCUAUCCGGCUGGAAAAAAAUAGUUGCAGUCGAUUUUUAUGAUAUAUCAUCACUAUAAAAAUACAUUUUAAAAGAAAUAAUUAUAUACUCUGACAGCGCUCGCAGUUCUCUGUUACCUUGUAUAUUUAUGUCUUGAAUUGCACUUGUUUGCUAAGCAAUAUUUCUAGCAUAGUGACAGCACCCUCAUCGUCAGAUUCCCCCGAACUGCAUCUUUUGUCCCGUUUUCCUUUAAUUUUUUCAAAUUUAUUUUGCCUAUACAAAUAAGUUAUUACAAAAGUAAGUAUAUAUUCUGAUAGCGCUUGAAAUUCUUUAUCAUUUUUACUUUGCCGCUCUUAAUUUGCAAUUAUUUGCUAACCAAUAUUUCGAAUAUUGUUAGUGUGCCCAUGUAUCACAUUCCCAUGUAUUGUAUUCCAUGCUUCUUCAACUAAUUCGUCUUUUUGUACAAUCCUCGAGAAAGAGCACGUUCAAAAGUACAAAAAGAACUGAGCUCUCACUUUUACAACUCGUUUUUACAGAGGAGAAAAGUUUCAAGUGAAAAACAUUAACAAUAUUCAAAAUUUUUGCUGGUAAAUAAUUUCGAAUCCAGACUGGGAAAGCAGAGACUAAUAGAGAAUUUCAAGCGCUACGAGGAUAUAUAAUUAUUAAUAAAAAUGUAAAUUUAUAGUGAUGAUAUAUCAAAAAAACUUGACUGUAACUAUUUUUUUCCAGAGGGAUAUAAUAAUUAUAAUAAAUAAUGAUCAUUUUAUAUUUCCAGCAUGCCAUUAGUGAUAAAGCAACAAGACUUCCAUUUGAUCCAGAUGUUGUAUGUCGUCAUGAGUGUUUGAUUACAACCUGUCAAGAACAAUGUUUUGUUUCUGCAAGUUUUGUCGAAGCAAAAGAAAAAAUUAGAGAAUUUGCUUCAUCGAUCAAACGUCCAUUUACAGUCCGAUAA